GCACCGCAGGUACCCAUGCAGCCCAUGUCAUGGGGCGGAUACUAUUAUAUGGAUCCAUAUCAACCACAACCUCCUUGGGGGUAUUAUGCUAUGCCCUCCCAACAUAUGCACCAACAGCCUCACCCGCAACAUGUCCCUCAUGUCACCUCUCCCCAUCAACCUGGACCUCUUCCCCUGUCACCUCGCCCCGCAGACCCCCAACUACCUGGCACACCAACCACGGCACACGCUAUCCCGCACCCCCCUCAUACACCUCAACCGCCUCCCUCCAUGUCUUCCCCGCCGCCCACACCUUCCACACCUCCUUAACACGAACGUCUGCGACUUUGUUCCUGGUGGACGCUCUAUAUCCAAGGUUUCCAUCAAGAUACAGGAUGACAUAGAGGCGACGCUUGAUGCUCCCAAGAAGCACAGUUCCCAACCACCGACCGUUCCUACUCCACCUGUUGUGACCAACCGAUGGCAACCUUCGGUUUCAGUACGCAUCGAGAGUGAGGAAUCGAAACGGGCGCGAGAGGAGAAUGCAUUGAAAGAGCCUGUGGUGCAGCCAAACUCGACGCUACAGCUAUAGCCUCAACCUCAGGUACAGACGGUGACGCAACAACCUGCACAAGAAAACUGGUUAUUGGGAUAAUUUUUGCCUUGCACUCUGGUGCUCCCGAUCCUCUUUUACUGUUCAGCCUGCUACCUCGU